AUGAAAUGGAGUGACUUAUUUGGAGAAAGUUUAAUUGAAGGCAAUGCUCGACGAGAUAGUAACAUUUAUCGACAUGUACCGAUCAGUGAACUCGACAACAAAGUUGUUGCUAUCUAUUUUUCGGCUCACUGGUGUGGACCUUGUCAAAAUUUUACUCCAAAAUUGGCUACAUGUUAUGGAGAAGUCCAAUCUGAAUUACAAGAUCGAUUUGAAAUUGUAUUUGUGUCGUCAGACAAAGAUGACAAAUCUUUCAAUGAAUAUUUUCAAACUAUGCCAUGGAAAGCUAUUCCAUUUUCAGAUCGAGAUCGAAAGACAAAUUUGUCUGAAAAGUUUAAAGUAGAUGGCAUCCCAACAUUGGUUGUUCUAUCAGCUGAUGGAGCCCUGUUAACUCCAGACGGUUGUGAUGAUAUUGAUAGCAAAGGAUCCAAUGCUAUUCGAUCCUGGUUAAAAGAUGAACCAAAAUCUUCUACAGUUCAAGGAGAAUAUUUAUGGCCUGGAGUUUCUUGCAAUGGAUGCCAAAUAAAUCCACUCAUAGGAGAGCGACACAAAUGUUCUACAUGUAAUGAUUACAAUUUAUGCUCUGCAUGUCAUAAGAAGAAGGUACAUGAGCACGAACUCACAGUUGUACCGAAUACACUGGCGACAGUUUCAAAACUUGUUUGCAAAGACAUAGAUGUAAAACCUUAA